AGGAAGCGCUGGGUCCUCGGCGUCGUCUUUGGGCUCUCCCUCGUCUACUUCCUCACCAGCACCUUCAAGCAGGAAGAGAGGACAGUGAGAGAUCGGAAUCUCCUCCAAGUGCAAGAGCAUGAGCAGCCGAUCAUGUGGAAGGUGAAGUUCAGUUCAGGAAACAGCAGUCAGCUGAAUAACCAGUGCAGGAAUUCUGUGCAGGGGAAGCUCCUCAUUACAGACGAACUGGGCUACAUCUGUGAGAGGAAGGACCUACUGGUGAAUGGCUGUUGUAAUGUCAAUGUGCCCAGCACCAAGCUGUACAGCUGUGACAGCUGCCUUCCCAAUGGCUGCUGCAGUUUGUACGAGUACUGUGUUUCCUGCUGCCUGCAGCCCAGCAAGCAACAUCUUCUGGAACGUUUCUUGAACCGGGCAGCUGUUGCUUUCCAAAACCUCUUCAUGGCAGUGGAAGAUCGGUUUGAGUUGUGUCUGGCGAAAUGUAGGACUUCGUCACAGAGUGUGCAGCAUGAAAACACCUACAGAGAUCCAAUUGCAAAAUAUUGCUAUGGCGAAUAUCCCCCAGAGCUUCUGCCUGUUUGAAAGCUGUAUGAUCUAAGCAACAACGGGAAGGAACUGGAGACUAGAAUCCAAAAUAGCAAGAUCACAGCUGUUGCUUUACAAGAGCCUCAGUGUAAAUGGCUUAUGCUGUUUCUGGGGACAAACCCAGAGGUCUACAGUGUAAGCGAGGGACUGAAGUACUCUGGGACUCAAUCUUGCUUUCUUCAGUUUGUUAUGCA